AUGAACUUCCUGGCUGUUGGUCUCGGGGACAAGGUCCUUGUUUGCCAUCUGUCCGACAACAAGGAUCCCAGACAGCUGGUGAUGACCGGGCAGGUGCAUGGACUUGCCUUCUCCCCGGCGGGAGAUGUUCUGGCUGUUGCUGCUGGAGGAGAUGACACCCGAUCUCGAGCAUCCAUGUGGAUUGUCGCACGCGACCAGUGCCACUACCUUGGCGCUGCUGUGUCGAAGCAGGCACGUGCGGUUGCCUUCUCCAGCUCUGGGAAGAUCCUGGCCGUUGGCUGUGAUGAUGGCAAGAUUCCACUGCUUCUGCCAGAGCAAGAGUUCAAAUGUUGGACCGAGCUGCGACUUGCUAGCGAUCAAACCUGUCGGAGUCUAGACUGGGCUGGCUCCUUCCUGGCAGCCGCUGGCACCUCUCAGGUAAGUGUCUUCAAUGCCAGCUCUGGACAAAUGGUCUUGCAGAUUCCCAGCUACGAGGACACGAUUCUGAGUAUCUCCCUGUCAACUAGUGGAUCCACGCUUGCAUGCUGCUUUCGAAGUCAUGUCGCGUUGUAUCCACUGGAGGAGUGCGAGGCAGAGGUGACGCACGGAAAGCACGCGAUCCAGGUGCCUUCUGACAAGGAGAAGGUCAAGUCGAGGGGAACUACGGCCAACUUAGGCCAGGUCCUUGAUUCAAGUGGAUCGUUGACCCAUUCCAUCAAGCUCACUUACCCGGGAGAGGUGUCUACGGAUGACUCGGAGCUGAGAGCCCACACUGUGCGGAAGCUGAACUCUGUGGGAUCCUGCGGCAAGCUGAACAAGAGUCAGACGACAGAGUCCGGUAUGGACGAGGAGACGGGCGAGGCUGGCCCUGAAGCGCAUGACACAGGCGAACUCUUUGUGCCUGGCCUGGCGGUGAUGAAGCCACGCAUCUCUGUCACCGAUCUCUCCCAGGACGGGCAGUCUGGAAGGAACACCCCUGAGGAGGAGGACGCGGAGGCUGCCCAGUUUCGCAAACGGGCCUUGCUGGCUCGUGACCUGGGGCUGGAUGUGGCGCUAUUGUGCAAAGUCAGCACAGUUCCCCGUCCCGAAGGAGUUCCCAUCAAGCUGGCGCAUGCAGACGAGGUCUGCAGUCUGGCCUUCGGCAGCUGCAGCACUCGCCUGGUCGCUGGCGGCUAUGACCAGCACCUGGUCAUGUGGGACGCCGAAAGCAUGACACGAACAGCCGAGCAUCAUGUGGAAGCCGAAAUUCUUUGCGUUGGUAUCUCGCCGUGCGGGAAGUACGUUUAUUGCGGGGACAACGACCGUGAAGUGAAUGUGUUUGACGCCGGGACGCUCGAAGUCCUGGGGAAACAAGUGCUCAAGGAGCAGUUUGUCAGCCUCGUGGGCAUCAGCUCACCAACAAGCCUCUUGGCUGUCGCAUCCCAUGUCGUCGUCAAGAUCUUCUCCGUCCCAGAUGUUGAGGAGAUCACAAGUCUCCAGCAUGGAGGACAGGUGCACAGCCUGAGCUACUCGCCCACACUCGGCAUGCUUGCGGCAGCUGGAGGCAUUGAUAUCACGGAAUCGGGCCUUCUUAGCUACAGCAGCAGCAGCUUCCGAGAAAAAGACCCAGGAGGAAUGAAGGCGGUGGUCUGGAAAGGAUCCAGCGAAUUCGCUGCAAUUUGGGAUGAGGUUGGCACCGUGAGUUACAAGGACCCUUGCCACGCCGCCAGCUUUUCACCGUCGGGCAAAGCUCUGGCGUUGGGCGGCGAGGACCGGACGAUCUCACUGCUCUCCGUUGAGAAAAAGUUUCGACAGGUGGAGCAGCUCCCCUGUGGCGCCGGCAUUCGAUGUCUCGCCUGGACGACAAACUCGCGGCUCCUAGCUUCGGCCGGGGAGGAGUGA